AUGCCCGGUGAGAUUACAGUUGUUGAGAAGUUCACCAAGCUGUUGAAGCAGUACGGUGUGGACACCGUUUUUGGGAUAGUCGGUAUCCCGAUUGUUACUUUAGCAAACGAGUUUAUAAAUCAGGGAAUCAAAUUUAUAUCGUGCCGUAACGAACAAGCUGCCUCGUAUGCUGCUAGUGCCUAUGGGUAUCUGACUAAUAGACCCGGCGUAUUGCUGGUUGUUGGCGGUCCUGGUUUGAUACACGCUUUGCCAGGGAUGUACAAUUCAACAUAUAAUAAGUGGCCCUUGGUUGUCAUUGCAGGCAGUAAUGAUAAUGGUAAUGAGCAAUAUAAAGGUGCGUUCCAGGAAUUGGAUCAGAUCUCCCUAUUAGGCAAUUAUGUCAAGUUUAAAGGUAAAUUGACCGGUGAAAACAUGGAAAAUGUGGUCUUCAAUGCAUUUAACCAUGCUAUUCAAGGAACUUUUGGGGUCACUUAUAUCGAUUUUCCCGGUAUACUGAUAGAAAGUAACUCAUUGCUCGAAGGUAAGAGUAACUGGGAUGAUGAAGUUACCAUCGACAAAAUCAAAUCAUCGCCUGAUCAAACUACUGUCAGCAAGAUUUCAAGGUUGAUUGUAGACGCCAAAUCUCAAGAUAAGAAAGUACUGGUCGUGAUAGGGAAAGGUUCUGUAUAUUAUUCAAGUGAAGUAAGAACCUUCAUUGACAAAUUUAAUUUACCAUUUUUACCAACACCAAUGGCAAAGGGUGUCGUUCCUGAUAAUCACAUGUGUAAUGUUUCAUCAGCAAGAUCAUUUGCCUUAGCAAAUGCAGAUAUUAUACUUGUAUUUGGAGCAAGAUUAAAUUGGAUAUUACACUAUGCUGAAUCUCCUAAAUGGAAAACUAGUGCCAUUUUCAUUCAAUGUGAUAAUGAUCCUGAAACUCUUGGUCAUAACAACAUGAAUCAUGUAAAUCUUUCUUUACUCGGUGAUCUGGAUUUAACCAUCACUUCAAUAACGGAGGAACUCGUCAAAAAGUAUCCGGACUACAAACAUAAUACUCCUUCAAAAGAGUUAAUAUCUAAAAUUGAAUCAAAUAGAUCGAAAUUACAGGAAUUGGAGAAACCAAAGGACGAAACAGCAGAAUUAAAUUAUAACACCGUCUAUGGUAAGAUAUCCCCCCUGAUAGACGAUGAAUCAACAAUGUUGAUAUUCGAGGGAGCAAACACGAUGGAUAAAGCCAGAAUUUCAUUUUCAACUUCUUUCCCAUUGCGCAGACUCGAUGCAGGUACAAAUGGCACAAUGGGUGUUGGACUAGGUUAUUUGAUGGCAUCGAGAUUGGCCAAUCCAAAUCUUGAUAAUAUUCUCAUCCAAGGUGAUUCUGCCUUUGGAUUUUCUGGUAUGGAGAUUGAAACCUUAUGCAGAUUUAAACUAGGUUCUGUCAUAAUAAUUAUGAAUAACUCAGGAAUAUACCAUGGUAAUGACGUCAACAGUGCUACUAAAUUAGGCGAAAAGACAAGGUAUGACCUGCUAGCACAAGGUCUCGGUGCGAAAGGUUAUUAUGUGACUACCCUUGAAGAGUUAGAAUCGAGUUUUAAACAGGCUGUAAGGGAUUCGAGGGAAAACAAUAUAGUCAGUGUACUCAAUGUUAUUAUAGAGCACGGUAAAGCGAAACAGGUUGGGUUUGCAUGGCAAAAUAAACCUAAAAAAUAG